AGAUAUCUCAUAAUAUAACAUUUCGUGAGGCCAUCACCAAGCGCUCAUGCAUUGCACAUCUCUAAUAAAACAGCUGACAGCGGCGGAACGAAUUGAAAUUGGAACGUGAGGCAAGUGGCUUUAACGCACACCUAUGACAGGGGCAUAAUACACACACGGCACCUUAGAGAAUCGCCUGGAAAAAGGCCGAGAAGACACGGAAUUAUAUAAUCGCCGGUGAUAAACACAUGAGUCCGUACAGCGGCUCCUCCGUGCGUCGCCUGCUGGACAGUUGGCCCGGAAAGAAGCGCUUCGGUGUGUACCGCUUCCUGCCGCUCUUCUUCCUGCUGGGCGCCGGCCUGGAGUUCUCCAUGAUCAAUUGGACAGUGGGCGAGACUAAUUUUUAUCGCACCUUUAAGCGUCGCCAGGCCAAGAACUACGUGGAGGAGCAGCAGAAUUUGCAGGCGAGGACAAGCAACAGCACUAAUUGAAGACAAAAUGCCCGCCGGAGUGUCGUGGGG